CUCGGCAUCCCUCUUCUCCCCUCCACCGCCGCCUGGGCCCCCAACCCGCGGUGGUUACCCUCGCCGCCUCCUCGCCUCUUGUCGCUCUGCUCCUCCCUUGCUCCCUACUCCUCCAGCUCUCAGGACCCGGAGCUGCCGCUGACAUAUGUCUCUGCGCACGCAUUCACACACGUUGUCUUCAAAUGAAAAGGCCUGGGGAGAAGGGAGCCCUUCUCAUCUCUUCCCUCCGUGAAUGGAGGUUGCAGUGCGAAACCGAGGCGCAGGGAGAGACUACUAGAAGGGGUUUGCACCCCCUCCUUGGGGGAGGCAGCAGGUUGAACCAAGCUACCUGCCUUCUACUUACAAGUUCCCUGCUAGCGCACAUUCUUGUAGUAUGUGUAGGUCACUUGAGCUGAGCACUGGCUAGCUAUGUGACCUUACCCUCUUUUCCAGUAGAAAAUGAGAGGGUUGAACUAGAUGAUUUGGAAGGCCCAAAUAUAAGGUCAUGUGAUUUAGAGAGAAGCAUCAGCAGCUCCCUUUCACACAGAUACCUCCUCUUUUUUUUUUCGACUACCCCAAAACAGUCUGCAUUGCGUUUUCUGUGCUUUCAAUCUCCCCCAGAGUCGUUUAAGAUUCAGAAGGGGGUUUUUUGCUACUUGUUGGCUCUGUGAUGGAGUUUCCCACAGCUCACAUUGUGGGCCUUGUUUGAGGGAUUUCAGACUGCUUUGAAGUGAAAUGUGGCUGAGCUUGGUCUUGCUUUUCCUUUGCUCCAGUUCCUGCUUCUCCAGAGCAGUCCCUGCCUGUACCUAGUAAGAGAUUGCGUCCUUAGGAGGGAUGAGAUUGUGCAUUGGAUCGGCUGCUUCAUCCUUGAGCUAGAGAGAAGUAAAACAUGUGACCUAGGGUUUCACGAGGUUGAGAGAUUAGUGGCACCUUUGGACUUUAUUGCUUUUUUGUUGUGGCUGCUGUGGCUUAUGUUGUAAGCCUGCUCUUGUGCCCCUGUAGUUCUUCUUCCCCAAGGAUUGUAGCCCAGCUGGUUACCCAAGCUGUAUGUCCUUACGGUUUGAGUCCUUUCUCUUUUUGGGGGCCUCUCUCAACCAGUUGGAGCCCUGGUGGCACAGUGGUGAAGAGCUCAGCUGUUAUCCGAAAGGUCAGCAGUUCGAAUCCACCAGCUCCUUCGAAACCCUGUGGGACAGUUCUACUCUGUCCUGUAGGGUCGCUGUGAGUUGGAAUUGACUUGACGGCAGUGGGUUUUUUUGUUUGUUUGUUGUACAACCAAUCAGAUGUCCAUAAACCACACUGUAUUCACUACUUCACUUGGCAUGCUCUUUAAGUUGAUCAUUCCUUAAGAUUUCAGGGUCUUAUAAUCAUGUUAUUCGAUCCUCUUUCUUCUCCUGCUUGCCUCUCUUAUAUCAACCCAUGGACAUGGAUGAUGGUGACAUGGUGCCUACCUUCCCCAUUGUUUUUUGUGGAGUAACAAUGAAGAGGAGAGCUGACCCAGAAUGCACUGCCCCCAUCAAGAAGCAGAAGAAAAGGGUUGCAGAGCUUGCCUUGAGCCUCAGUUCCACAUCUGAUGAUGAACCUCCCUCCUCCAUCAAUCAUGCAGCAAAAGCAUCUACUACAAGCCUAAGUGGUUCUGACAGUGAAACUGAGGGGAAACAACGCAGCUCUGACUCUUUCGACCAUGCAUUCAAAGCAGACUCACUCGUGGAGGGAACUUCCUCUCGUUAUUCCAUGUAUAACAGUGUCUCCCAGAAGCUUAUGGCCAAGAUGGGCUUCAAGGAAGGUGAAGGAUUAGGUAAACACAGCCAGGGUCGCAAGGACAUUGUUGAGGCCUCUAAUCAAAAAGGUCGAAGAGGCUUGGGUCUGACACUGCGGGGCUUUGACCAAGAACUGAACGUGGACUGGCGAGAUGAACCAGAGCCCAGUGCCUGUGAGCAGGUGUCAUGGUUCCCAGAGUGUACCACUGAAAUUCCUGACACUCAAGAAAUGAGCGAUUGGAUGGUUGUGGGAAAGAGAAAGAUGGUUAUCGAAGAUGAGACAGAGUUUUGUGGGGAAGAGCUGCUUCACAGCGUGUUGCAGUGUAAGAGUGUGUUUGAUGUCCUGGAUGGAGAAGAGAUGCGACGAGCCCGGACCCGGGCCAAUCCCUACGAGAUGAUCCGAGGAGUUUUCUUCCUAAACAGGGCAGCGAUGAAGAUGGCUAACAUGGAUUUUGUGUUUGAUCGCAUGUUUACAAAUCCACGGGACUCUUGUGGGAAGCCACUGGUGAAGGACCGGGAAGCUGAACUCCUGUACUUUGCUGACGUCUGUGCAGGCCCGGGUGGCUUCUCAGAGUAUGUGCUAUGGAGGAAGAAGUGGCACGCCAAGGGCUUUGGAAUGACUCUGAAAGGCCCUAACGACUUCAAGCUGGAGGACUUCUACUCAGCCUCCAGUGAGCUCUUCGAACCAUACUAUGGCGAGGGUGGGAUUGAUGGAGAUGGAGACAUCACCCGCCCAGAGAACAUCACUGCUUUUCGGAAUUUUGUCCUGGAUAACACAGAUCGCAAAGGGGUACACUUCCUGAUGGCUGAUGGGGGUUUCUCAGUGGAAGGGCAGGAGAACCUGCAGGAGAUCCUCAGCAAGCAGCUGCUGCUGUGUCAGUUCCUCAUGGCGCUGUCCGUUGUACGGACAGGAGGCCACUUCAUCUGUAAAACCUUUGACCUGUUCACACCAUUCAGCGUGGGGCUCAUCUACCUGCUGUACUGCUGCUUUGAAAGAGUAUGUCUCUUUAAGCCAAUUACCAGCCGUCCAGCCAACUCAGAGAGGUAUGUGGUGUGCAAGGGCCUGAAGGUGGGCAUAGAUGACGUGCGGGAUUACCUCUUCUCAGUGAAUAUUAAACUCAACCAGCUGCGGAACACAGAUUCUGAUGUCAACCUUUUGGUCCCCUUGGAGGUGAUCAAGGGAGACCAUGAAUUUACUGACUACAUGAUACGGUCCAACGAGAGCCACUGCAGUGUGCAGAUCAAAGCUCUGGCCAAAAUCCAUGCGUUCGUUCAAGACACGACCCUGAGUGAGCCUCGGCAGGCAGAGAUCCGGAAAGAGUGCCUCCGACUCUGGGGGAUCCCAGACCAAGCUCGAGUUGCUCCCUCUUCCUCAGACCCAAAAUCUAAGUUCUUUGAGCUAAUCCAGGGCACUGAGAUUGACAUCUUCAGCUACAAGCCCACACUGCUAACCUCCAAAACCCUGGAGAAGAUCCGCCCUGUAUUGGACUACCGCUGCAUGGUAUCUGGCAGUGAGCAGAAGUUCCUCAUUGGCCUGGGGAAGUCCCAGAUCUACACAUGGGAUGGCCGCCAAUCAGACCGCUGGGUCAAGCUGGACCUGAAGACAGAGCUACCUCGGGACACUCUGCUCUCUGUGGAGAUUGUCCAUGAGCUGAAAGGGGAGGGGAAGGCCCAGCGGAAGAUUAGUGCCAUCCACAUCCUCGAUGUCCUCGUGCUGAAUGGCAGUGACGUGAGGGAGCAGCACUUUAACCAGCGAAUUCAGCUUGCUGAGAAAUUUGUGAAAGCUGUUUCCAAGCCCAGUCGGCCUGACAUGAAUCCCAUCAGGGUGAAGGAGGUAUACAGGCUGGAGGAGAUGGAGAAGAUUUUCGUCAGGUUAGAGAUGAAGAUCAUCAAGGGUUCCAGUGGCACACCCAAGCUCAGCUACACAGGACGGGACGACCGGCACUUUGUACCCACCGGCCUCUACAUCGUCAGGACAGUGAAUGAGCCAUGGACGAUGGCAUUCAGCAAAAGCUUCAAAAGGAAGUUCUUCUACAACAAGAUAACCAAGACCUCUACCUAUGUCCUGCCUGCAGACUCCAUUGCCCCGUUUCACAUCUGCUACUACAGCCGGCUCUUCUGGGAGUGGGGGGAUGGCAUACGUGUGCACGACUCCCAGAAGCCCCAGGAUCCGGACAAGCUGUCCAAGGAAGACGUCCUGUCCUUCAUCCAGAUGCAUAGCACCUGAGGGCCUUGGGCGGCCCACCCCUGCUGCCUGCCCUGCCACUCACUAGGCAGGGUGCUCUGUGCCUGGGUCCCCAGUGCUGGCUUUCUUCCUCCUCUCGGAAUGGGAUUGCAGCGCAUGGUCACUGCAGCCUGGCCACGAGGGGUGGCCUCCUUGUCUCCCCUGAAGAGCGCAGUCAGGGGCCUUCAGAGGACACUCACCCAUUUCUUCUGGGACACCUUUUCGGCUCCUCUCUCCAGGGACAAGCCUGGGAACUGUUUCCCCUACCAGAACUCAGCCUGAAGGAAGCUGGCCCUGUGGUGGGUUUGAGGUCAGUGCCCUGGGCACAUGGGGCUGGUGGAGGAAGUGUUGGAGAGUGGCAGGGCUUGGGCUCCGCUGUUCUCUCCUGUAUCCUGUAGACUCACUUUUCUGAGUUCCAUGCAUUGCCCCUGAGGGUGGCCAUGCCCCUGCUUUGCCCACCUUUUUAUUGGGCAAACCUUGAGUGGGGGGAGGCCCACUGUUCAUGAGCUGGCCAGGAGGAGCUGCUUUGUAAAUCAAGGUUUUGUUUCUUUGAACUUCCUCUGUUUUGAUGCCAAGUUGGCAAUUUUCUUGUCUCCUCGCCACAUACCCUGUCCUAGCCUUCCCUGGAGUUCUUCCCAGCCUGGACCUCUGACAGUCCCGGCAGGCCGGGAAGGGAGGAGUGUGGGCCCCACAUCCCUGACCUCACAUCUGACCAGGUAGCACCUUCUCUGGUACUGGACGUGACUGCCUCCCGUAGUUGGAGAGCUUUCCUGAGCCCCAUCCCCUUUCAUCCAAACCUUGGGCAGCUCUAGAAGGGGAGGAAGCAGCUUAAAGACCUGCCAUCUUCUCUCCUCCAGCAGCAGUGGCCCCACCAGUAACAGAAGGCACCUCUGGGGUUUGGGUCAGUGCCCAGCCAUCUGGCAAUCAUGGCGCCACCACUGGCCGUAGCCAGCCUAGGGCCUUGGCAGAGUCCUGAGAGCCGGAGGCAGCUCUUUGCCACCCUUUUCCCUCCUUUGUUUUUCUUCCCCGGUAGGAGAUACAAUCUGCUUUCCUUUGUCUUAUGUGGUCACUCCAUUUCCUCUCUCUUGGCGGAGGCAGAGGGAAGAGGGGAGGCUGGGCAGUAGCGUUGUGGGGUGGGGGAGGGCAUCUGUGUUUGUUUUAAUGGGAAAUACCUCUCAGAGAUGCUCAUGGGCCUCCCUAGGGCCCCAUCCCAGUGCUAGACUGGUUUCCAUGGAGAUAGGGCACUGAGUCUCCCGUGAGGUUGCAAUCGACUCCACCGUGGGGCUUCUCCAGCCAGCAUCCAGCGCCACCCCCUCCACCCCCCAACUGGCAGCAGCACUGCUGAGAUGUUGUAUUUCCACCCAAUUCUGGGUAUAUCGUGUGUCUUGCAAAAUCUUGGGUCAUUAAAGAUAAACAUAUUUUUAAUGU